UCGUCUGUAUUACAUUUGGAAUGGUCAAUUUGUCUGCUUGUUUGUUUGUUUACAUUAAAGUGUAAAGCUGAUGUAAUAUAAUUUACCUCUUUCAUUGUAUAGUGUUGUACGCGUAAUUAAAUUGGUAUGUCAUUUUAUGACUUUUUUCACAAAAUGUUUGAUGAUAUAGGAGGAGAAAAUACAAGGCCUCCUGACCAUGACGAUACCAGGAAUUGGACUGGCCAACCAAGGUCUUCUCCAUGGGAAUCUAGUGAUGAAGACAGUAUGAGAGAUGCCAAUCCUUUUUUUGAUAUCAGAAUAACUAGUGAUCCAGAGGAGAUGCAUCGCUUUUUUGAGAAACAAGUCAACGAUGUUUUCAAAGCGUUUUCAUUUGGAUUCCCAGGACUUUUUGGACCAGAUUCCUUUAGUUUUUCAAAUACUGUACCUGCUAUUGAAGAGAACAAGAGCCCAAGAGAUCAUUACCUAAAACCAGGGAUAAAUAAGCCUCAGCCCAAUGAUGGAACCGUUGAGGACUCCAGUAAAAGGUCAGAAGGACUUGAACCUGUGGUGCCAAGUAACCCAUUACGUGACAAUUUCGCACAACCUCGUAUAUUUUCCUCGUUCAGGAGUGUAGUUCGGAAAACUGUCACUCUUCCAGAUGGGACAGUAAAAACAGAAGAAGUUAUCAGAAACUCAGAUGGUACUGAAGAGAGAACAGAGUCGCAAACUAAAUCUGAUGGUCUUGAUGUGACGUUUUUUGAUGUUCCUGUUGUGAAGCCUAGAGGAUUCUUUGAUAAUCUGAAUACCCCUGAAAAACAUGAGAAGUCCUCAAAAGAUGAGUUUUUGAAAUUUGGUUAUGAGAAGUUGAAUCCACAUGAUGCAAAGAUUGACAAGGAUCUUGAUAAACAGAUUUUGCAGUCUGGCGUUGAGAGUUUGCCUUCCUUCCCAAAAGAGACAGACCCCAAGCAGAACUUUUCUUUCAAGAGUAUUACAAGACGCAAGAUCACCAUGCCUAAUGGGGUGGUUCAGACAGAAGAAAUAAUACGCAAUCCUGAUGGAACAGAACAAAGGACUGUUACACAAACUCUGCCUGAUGGUACAAUUCCGAACCCUGAACUAGGAGGCAGUGGUGCAGAGUCAAACAUUAGCAAGUUGGAAGUUCCCCAGGUUGUUCCCUCAUUUACUCUCCAAGGGGUCAAAGAUUUGAUUGGUUUAUUUUUUAAAUAACUUCCCUUCAACUGGAAGUCCAAGAUGAGUGAAACUCUUAAUGCUUUCAAGACAUGGUUAAAUUUUCAACAUUUUAUGUACAUUUUGUGUGAAAAUAUAUUUUUUAGUAACUAUA